GGGGGCGGGGCGCGGGCGGAGCGCGCGGCGCGGCGGCCAUGCCGGUGGACCUGGGGCUGUGGAGCGGGCCGCUCGGCCUCACCGAGGUGGAGCAGAAGCCGGCGCACCCGCUGCGCGUCAAGUAUGGCUCCGUGGAGAUAGACGAGCUGGGCAAGGUGCUCACGCCCACUCAGGUGCAGCAUCGCCCCACCAGCAUCGAGUGGGAUGGCUGUGAUCCCCAGAAGCUUUACACCCUGGUGCUCACGGACCCGGAUGCUCCCAGCAGGAAGGACCCGAAGUUCAGGGAAUGGCACCACUUCCUGGUGACCAACAUGAAAGGCAACGAUGUGGGGAGUGGGACUGUGCUGUCAGAUUACGUCGGGUCCGGCCCUCCCAAGGGAACAGGGCUGCACCGCUACGUGUGGCUGGUGUACGAGCAGCCCAAGCAGCUGAGCUGCAACGAGCCCAUCCUCUCCAAUCGCUCUGGGGACAAACGAGGGAAGUUCAAGGUGGCUUCAUUCCGCAGCAAGUACGAGCUGGGGGUGCCAGUGGCUGGCACGUGCUACCAGGCAGAGUGGGAUGACUACGUGCCGAAGCUCUACGAGCAGCUGUCAGGGAAGUAGGGCGAGGGGAGGUGGUGGAGCACUGUGUCACACCCCCUGCAGACCAUGUCCCUCUAGUUUUGUCCAUGAGUUGAACCCAACUGCUCCCACACUGGAACCUAUCCCUGCGUGAUCCAGACCUGUGCUGUGCUUUGCAGGGCAGUGCUAGACAAGCUUCUGACAGUGUCACACUAAGGGCCACCCCUCCAGGCUGACCUGCUUAAGGGAAACCAGAGCCUUUGUCAAUUGGUGUUGGGUGUUGUGUGCUAGUGCUGUGGGUACAGAACCACUGCUGGGGUGGUGCUGGCUCUGUAGUCUCCCCUUUCCAGAAGAAGGGAUGGCAAUUUAAGGGAAGCUCCCACUUUUUUUUCUUUUUGCCCUCAAGUACUUGGCCAGAGCCUCCAUUUCACUGAAGUGAACCACUAGAGUAGUGAAGGGGUAGGAGGUAGGAGGAGGCAGGGAAGCUGGUCUGUAGCACUACUUUCUGUUCUCUGUUGCCACUCAAAGCUGAGACACCACUUUGUUUUGUUGUGACCUGAUCUGUUUGCUCUUUGCUCACAGUGCAAUUAAAAACUUACCAAGGUG